GCCGCGGCUGGCUCAGAUCGGGUUGAAUGCUGUCCAGUUUUCCCUUGGAAGAUCAAAGCUGGAGGGGCAUCGUAAUGGAUCACUGGGGGUGGCUGAAUGGGAAGGAAAUGCAGGUCACGGACAAGUUUUUUCCUGCCAGAAAGAUGGUGACUCUGCAGUUAUAUUCUUCCAGCUGUUAGACUUUGUGCCUCCCCAUGGGGAGGCAAUUUUCUUUCGGGGAGCCUGCUCUUCGACUCCAGACCUUCGGUUCAACUGGACACAUGAUUUGUUGACGUCCAGCUCCUGUCAUUGCUCCGCUUUCAAAAUAACAAGUGACCUGCUCCGGAGCAGAGUGAACGAGCGAGCCUGGGUGUCAGGUUGUCAAACGACUACUUUAAAUGACCAUGGCUGACGAGGGCGUUUCUCUGGGCCCUGACGAUCUCAAACCCCCGAACGAAGACAGCCCCAGUGUUCAAGAUUUGGAGCAGCUCCUGAAUACUGGCAGGUCCUCCUGUCACCACACUGAUGAAGUCUGGCCUAAUCUUUUCUUAGGAGAUCACGUAGCAGCGCAUAGCAGAUUCAACUUAUGGAAAAUGGGGAUUAGCCACGUUUUAAAUGCAGCCCACGGCACUCUCUAUUGCCAAGAGUCGCAUGAUUUUUAUGGUGCAACGAUUGAAUACCGUGGUAUACCGGCUCACGAUCUUCCCAGUUUUGAUAUAAGCCCAUAUUUUUAUUCUUCUGCAGAAUUUAUACACAAGGCUUUGACUACACCUGGAGGCAAAAUCUUUGUCCACUGUGCUUUUGGGAUAAGCAGGUCCUCCUCUUUGGUGCUGGCGUACCUCAUGAUCUAUCAUCAUUUCUCGUUGGUUAAAGCAAUACAGACAGUUAAAGAACAUCGGUGGAUCUUUCCUAAUCGAGGUUUCCUGAAACAAUUAAUAAAUCUGGACCUUCAGCUAAGAAAAAAAUGAACAAAGAAAGAAAUGGAAUAUACGUUUUUAAAAGAAGGAACAUAUCUUGCAGACGUUCUGUCAGUUGGCACAAUAUGUACCAAAAUUAUUCUUUUAGCUGACUUGCAGAUAUUGCUUCUUGUCUGGUAAAGUUUGCAAUGUCUGCAAAAUGUUGUAUGUAUUGAAUUAUUUAUUUAUUGAAUUAUUGAGUCUGCCCAUAACGACAUAGGAACAGUUUUUGCCCCCAUGCCGUCACUCUGCUUAACAACUAAUUCCUACACCACUGUCAAAAUACUAGUAAAGCUAUGAUACUAUGAUAUUCCUCAUCUUUCCUAUUAUCUUCCUAUGACUAUAACUUUGCUGCUUGUAUCUUACAAUUUAUACUGUUUUGUGGGUUUUUUUUGUACCCUAGUAUGAUUUAUGUUGUUGGCUUAGCUAGUACUAUCACUGUUGCAUCUUAUGAUUUAUGACGAAGUGUUAUAUAUUUCACGAUUUAUGAUGAAUGUAUUUUCGUGUUGUAUAUGAUCAUGAUUAUCACUAUUACUUGUACGUACACUGAGAGCUUAUGCACCGGA